AUGGAAAGAUUUUACAAUCCUGGUCAGUCAGCACUGAGAAGGAGCAUCUUUCUCUUGGUCUUCCCUCUGCUUUUGUCAGUGCGUGCCUGCGGACAGUUAAUUAGAGGCCCACUGGACCUCCAAAAGACGUGUUUGUGCGCCAGCAAUAUUAUCAGCUGUUCCAAUGUGAAUCUCACAAGCCCCCCCAUCCCUCUUCCUAAAUACACAUCGGUGCUGGACCUCAGCUUUAACUCCAUCACCAAACUGCGAGCCGAGUGGACACCCGUCGUACUUAGUCACCUCCACACGCUGCUGCUUAACCAUAACAGGCUCUACUUCCUCUCCUCGGAAGCUUUCGUGCACGUGACUAGGUUGCGUUACCUGGACUUAUCCUCCAAUGAGCUCCGCCAACUGGACGAGUAUAUGUUCGAGCCUCUGGAGAAGUUGGAGGUGUUGUUACUUUACAAGAACAGCAUCUCACAGAUAGAUCCCUCCGCCGCUUUCUCGGGGCUAGCCAGCCUGAAGAAGCUCUACCUGAGCCAAAAUCUGAUCUCGCGCUUCCCCUUGGAGCUGGUGAAGGAGAGAAGCCGAAUUGAGACACUCACGCUGUUAGACGUCUCCUCCAACAAGAUCAAAGCGCUGGCGUUUCAUGAGCUUCAAGCUCUACCUGCGUGGAUCCAGAAUGGCCUGUACUUCCACAACAAUUCCCUUCCGUGUAGCUGUGAUCUUUACGAAGUGGUGGCACAAUGGAAUCUGAAAGACCUCAGCUCGGUCGUGGACUUCAAGGAUGAGCACACUUGCAUCCUCGCGGGUCAGCCCAGACGAAAAGUGGCCACCCUGGAACUGGACAAAGCCUAUUUGAACUGCAGCGAGGUCAGGAUCAAGGACAGACAAGCCUACCUGGAGCAGUAUGUAGCGCUGGACUGUGACACCAAGCAGAGAAAUGUGAUGAAGAGCUGGACCCUGCCAGGCGACAUACCCAUCUCAGCAACAAACAAAAGUGCAGUCAUACUAAAAGACGGAAAUCUUCAGAUUGGACCUUUGAAAGAAGAUGACUCGGGCGUGUACACUUGCUACGCCGUUGGAAACACCCUGAAUGAGACCCUCCAUAUCACCGUCGUAGUCUUUAACACCACCGCAAACACCGGCUUGGAAAACCUGAAGACUGCAUACACCACCCUCAUAGCGUGCCUGAUCAGUAUAGUGAUGGUUUUCAUCUACCUCUACUUCACACCUUGCCACUGUUUCUGCUGCCCAGGUCAGGAUCUGGAGAAGAACGACCCGACAGGCAGUUUCCAUUCCUCCGCUAUCAGCAUCGCUCAAGCCCACCAGGAGACUGGAUCAGAAAGAGGCAACGGGGCCAGUAAAGACUUCCCGUAUGACACCAAGGACUCGCUGGAGCAGAAUGGGAAGUUGAACCCGAAAGGUGAAGAGGAUAGAAAGAUGGGGAAUAAAAGGAGAAAGGCAUCUGUCACCUCCGUUAGCUCAGACACCCCUAUGAUGGUGUAA